GGGAGGACGGUGCACUGCGGAAGUGACGCGCCGUGACGUCAACGUGCGUGCGGGGCGGCUGCGUCAGGCUGCAGGAGAAGAUGGCGGUCUCCACAGGAGUUAAAGUUCCUCGUAAUUUUCGCUUGUUGGAAGAACUUGAAGAAGGACAAAAAGGAGUAGGUGAUGGUACGGUGAGCUGGGGCCUUGAAGAUGACGAAGACAUGACACUUACAAGGUGGACAGGCAUGAUCAUUGGGCCACCAAGGACAAAUUAUGAAAACAGAAUAUAUAGCCUGAAAGUAGAAUGUGGACCUAAAUAUCCAGAAGCUCCUCCAUCAGUUAGAUUUGUAACAAAAAUUAAUAUGAAUGGAAUAAAUAAUUCCAGUGGAGUGAUUCACCCAUUCUGGACAUUUCAUAUAAAUGGCAUCCUACACUGUGUGAUCUUUCGUGACUAUCAUCUUUCACUUAAUGUUUUCAUGGUUCGUACAUGCCAAAGUGGAUGCACGGAGCAUACCAGUGUUAGCAAAAUGGCAAAAUUCAUAUAGCAUUAAAGUUGUACUUCAAGAGCUAAGACGUCUAAUGAUGUCCAAAGAAAAUAUGAAGCUUCCACAGCCACCAGAAGGACAAACAUACAACAAUUAAUUUUAGUGGAUCUCAAACUUGUCUUAAAUCAACAACCUUCUACUCGUGUUAAUGUCUUGAUUAAGUAUCACAAUGCAAAAUACCCACACAUUAAGUCAGAGAAUUCCAGCUGGUAACAUGACCCAGACAUUUGUAAGAAUACACUUAAUACAUGUACACCUAUUAUGUUUUCAGGUCACAGUUGGAAAAAUGCAGCACUUCUGCCUUAUCAAGGCACUGUCAUUUAAGCAUAAACCUGGAAUACUCAAAAUAGAAUUCAGGUUGACAAGAUGACGGCUUGCUGGAGAAGUGUCAGAUUGCUGUGGAAGGAGGUGUGUUUCUGAAACCCAGUCUCCAGGAGGAAGCCAUCAAGGGGAUGCUUUAUCCAUCUUGCUUAGCGAAAGAGCUGCAGUUUAAAUUGUUUAAAGUAGCAGGUACAAUGAAUAUUGUCACAAUUGUGUUAAUUUCUGAAGCAGUGUGGGUUCUGACUACUAGUAGUAUCAAAAAAUAUGUUCAGGAUUGUUUUGAUACCUGUAUUUAUAAUAAAAAAGUGGGGGGAGUCGAUGAAUUUCUGUUACAAGCUGUUUCUGUGUGUUAUAUGUAACAGACAUGGUAAAUAUGUGUUUACAGUCUUUGUUUAACAAACCAUGCAUUUAAGUUUUAGUGAAACCAACAAAAAAGAAACAGGUGUAUGGAUAUGUUAUUUGGGGAUGAAAGUUAGUCUUAAAAUGUAAAUAAAAUGUGGAAAGUG